UCGCGGGGGAUUUAAACCCUUAAUUGUGCAUAGUUGGUCGUAUCAAUAAAACGGAUGUUAUACUAGCAGGUUAACGUUCUUCGGUGUGAAUUAUAGUUUAUAAGUGCAGCUAUUUACCCGCAGUCAAAUGUAGGUGCGAAUUAUUAUAUUACCUGCUGUAAUUAAGUGAUUGGUUAUUUUAAAAAGCUGAAGAGUUGCUGUGAAAUAUUAUUUACCGUCAUCAAGUUGCCAGGUGCGCAAGAUUGGUCCUCCUAUAAUUCCAGAACAUCCCUUCUUUGCAAACAUGGAUGCCAGUUAUGUUCCCAACAAUCCUCAGUUCGGAAUUCAACUAGAGUGCAACUGGGGUGGCAGUUCUUCAGGCUUACAACAGUUACAGGUAUCAAAUUCGGCAGAUGAUCUUUCAUGCAGUUGGAACGAAGAAAUGGCAUCUUUUUCUUUACCGCUUGAUUUGGAACCUUUGCCAAGUUUGUUAAAUAUAUCCCCAUGUACAAAUAAUACAAGCGCAAACUACAAAAUAGAGCCGUCCAUCCAGAACCAAGCGUCGCUUGUAUUUAGAGAACAAAAGCAACCAGGACCCGACGUAACGGACGUUCUGCUUUCAUUAAAACACGCGGUAGUUCAUUCUGGCCAAAGUCCCAGUGAAAAAUAUGAAACGCAACAUGUUCAUCAUCCACAAAUGCUUCUUUCACCUGGGGGAUAUACUGGUGGCGGUUUUGAGCAAGCUGUGACUCAUCAAACCUCAAUGUUUCCUAGUAUGUCAGUGAAUGUUUCAAUGAAUAUGACUAUGCAUGGAUAUCAUCCCAAUAACAACUGCAAUUAUUCUUCUACAGAUAUUCCUUGUCCACAGUUACAGUGGAACUCGACACCUCAGGGAACUUCACAAACUUACCAGAGCCAAGGAUUAUUAAGUCCUUCAUAUGGAGGAGCAACCUAUUCCUUUACGGCUGAUUUUAGACCACCUCAGGAGAUGCCCAUUACCAAUUCAUCUUACAAAACAAUGCCCAUUAGCUUUUCUUCAAACCGAAGAAGGCCAAAUGUUAGUUUUAUUGAUGGGGACUGUCUAAAACCAAAUGUAUGCCGCAUUUGUGGCAAAAGUUAUGCACGACCUAGUACACUCAAAACCCACCAAAGGACACACAGCGGAGAAAAGCCUUAUAGAUGUAUAGACUGCAACAAAUCCUUUUCGCAAGCGGCAAAUUUAACCGCGCAUGUGCGCACGCACAGCGGCGAAAAGCCAUUCCGGUGUCCAGUUUGUGACCGUAGAUUUUCUCAAAGUUCUUCAGUUACAACUCAUAUGCGCACACACUCUGGCGAAAGGCCUUAUAGGUGUAGGUUGUGCAAGAAAGCUUUCUCAGACAGCAGUACUUUAACGAAACAUCUUCGAAUUCACAGCGGGGAGAAACCUUACGAAUGCAAAUUAUGUUUAUUAAGGUUCAGUCAAAGCGGAAAUUUAAAUAGGCAUAUGAGGGUUCACGGAAGCAAUGGAAUUCCUCCAUGACAAACACUAUUUGAAUACCAGUUUAAUUAAAUUUACAGAGCUGCUGGAAGGAUUUUAGAUGUGUGGUUGUAAGUUCAUAUUGGUCUUUGUAAUACCAUCUUUUAUGAAGAAUUGUUGUUGUGGAAA